GUAAGAUCUCGUAGUUGCGAAUUUCCCAAAACAAUCGACAAAGGGAAGAAUAGCCCGCCAUGAACUCAUCACAAACUGAUCCCAUAGCCAUUGUUGGCAUGGCCUGCCGCUUCCCUGGAGGCAGCAAUACCCCGUCGAAGCUGUGGAACUUGUUAAAGACGCCUUACGAUGUUCUCCAAGAGUUUCCCCCUUCACGAUUGAACCUCAAUCGAUUUUAUCAUGCACAGGGGACAACCCAUGGAUCCACAGAUGUCACCAAUCGAAGUUACCUCCUCGAUGAGGACGUCAAAGCCUUCGAUGCCAAAUUCUUCAGCAUAUCCCCUCCAGAAGCAGAGAGCAUGGAUCCACAGCAACGAAUACUGCUAGAAACUGUGUAUGAGGCUAUGGAGUCCGCAGGCUGGACAUUGGAAGAUGUUCAUGGCUCACAAACUUCCGUUCAUGUUGGUGCCAUGAACGCUGAUUAUACCGACAUACAAAAUCGAGACACAGAGACCAUGUCGAAAUAUAACGCAACUGGAACGGCGCGAAGCAUCUUAUCAAAUCGUGUCUCGUACGUCUUCGACCUCCACGGCCCCUCGGUCACAAUCGAUACUGCUUGCUCCAGCUCGUUGGUCGCUCUCCACCAGGCAAUGCACUCCUUGCGCUCGGGCGACUGCAAUAGCGCCAUCGUUGGCGGCGUGAACCUGAUACUCGAUCCAGCGAUGUUCAUCACUGAAUCGAAGCUUUCGAUGCUUUCUGCCGAGUCCCGCUCCCGAAUGUGGGACCAGGCCGCCAAUGGAUAUGCUCGUGGUGAGGGCAUAGCUGCCAUGAUCCUCAAGCCGCUCAGUCAAGCGCUACAGCAUGGAGAUCCGAUCCAAGCAAUCGUACGAGCAACUGGUGUCAACUCCGACGGUCACAGUUCCGGUAUCACCAUGCCUACUGCGGCGGCACAGACGGCCCUCAUCCGCCAAACCUACAAACAAGCUGGUCUUGAUCCACUCAUCGAUCGCCCUCAAUUCUUCGAAUGCCAUGGGACGGGCACGCAGGCGGGCGACCCUAUUGAAGCACGAGCAAUUCGUGACGCCUUUUUCCCCACUGAGACCUCUGAUGAGGUCGCUCCCCUCUUUGUGGGCUCAGUCAAAACUGUCAUCGGCCAUACCGAGGGCUGUGCGGGUUUGGCUGGAGUCUUGAAGGCAGUUCUCGCAAUAAGGAAUCAGACGCUCCCGCCGAAUCUGCUGUUCAAUCAACUGAGUGAUUCGGUCAGGCCCUUUUACGGCCCCCUGCAGAUACCCACCACAUCAUUGCCGUGGCCUGAUACCAUUUCUGGAAGUCCGAAACGUGCAAGUGUCAACAGCUUCGGUUUCGGCGGUACCAAUGCACAUGCUCUGAUCGAGGAGUAUAAACCUCAGGUCGCGCAGAGCGGUUACCAUGCAGACCAAGCUCUUGGUCCGCUCGUGAUCUCGGCCCAUUCGGGCCCCACUCUACUGAAUAAGGUACGCGAUUUGCUAUCUUACAUGAUCUCCAAUCCUUCGGCGAAUCUGCCCGAUAUCUGCUGGACGCUGCAGACCAGACGUACGACGCACAAAGUCCGGUGCUAUUUCAGCAAUCGCAGUUAUCAAUCUCUGUUGGACAGCUUGGCUGCAUUCGUUCAGACAAAUCAAAGCCUCCAGCCAGAGCAAAUUGGGUUCCAGCCGCAACUGAUGGAUCGUAAUGAGUCACCUGGUGUCCUCGGCGUGUUCACUGGUCAAGGAGCCCAAUGGCCAACUAUGGGCAUGGAACUCUUCUCUCGCGUGGCACUUUUCCGUCAAUCCAUACAGCAGUGCGAAGUCGUUCUCAACGCGCUUCCGGAUCGCCCCUCCUGGUCUCUAUGUGAAGAACUCGAAGCAGGCAACGCUUCUUCCCGCCUUUCAGAGGCGGCUGUAAGCCAGCCCCUAUGUACUGCGGUACAGAUUGCUUUGGUGGAUGUGCUGAAAGCAGCCGGCUUGAAAUUCCACGCCGUCGUCGGCCAUUCAUCUGGAGAGAUAGCUGCAGUCUAUGCUGCUGGCAUGUUGAGCCUCACCGGCGCUAUGCAGAUUGCUUACUAUCGAGGUCUCCAUGCUCAUUUGGCCAAAGGCGAUGACGGCCAGCCCGGAGGAAUGCUUGCUACCGGCCUCUCUUACGACGAAGGCUUGCAGUUCUGCAAUCGACGUGAUUUUCGAGGAAGAAUUUCUGUCGCUGCAAGCAACUCUCCCACUAGUGUCACUAUCUCGGGUGACUUGGACGCAAUCUCAAUUGCGAAGAAGGAACUCGAAGCUCGAGACGUGUUUGCUCGCCCGUUACGUGUUGACACUGCCUAUCACUCGCAUCACAUGAAGAAAUGCGGUGACACUUAUCUUCAGUCGUUGCUUGCUUGCGACAUCGCCGUCGGUGCUCCGAUUGAGGAUUGUGUCUGGAGCUCAAGUGUACGUGGUGAUACCGAGAUCCUGGAAGGCGAUCUGUCCCCGUUGAAGGGAGACUACUGGGUCAAGAACAUGGAGCAAACGGUUCUGUUUUCUCAGGCUCUUGAAUCGGCUAUCACCAAUGGAGGACCGUUCGAUAUGGUUGUUGAGGUUGGCCCUCAUCCUGCGCUCAAGAGUCCUAGCGAGGAUACCUUGAAGGCAGUCUUCAGUUCUGCUCCCCACUACACUGGUGUUUUGAAACGUGGGCAAGAUGAUUUGGUUGCAAUCUCAUCUGCUCUUGGUCUCUAUUGGUCUACUAUGGGGUCGAAAUCAGUAGAUUUUGCCGGCUUUCGUCGUGCAUGCCUUGGCGGUUCUGAAAUCGGACAGCCUGAAGUGAUAACGAACCUCCCUUGUUAUCCUUGGGAUCAUACUCAGACAUUCUGGAGAGAAUCUCGUCUAUCACAGAGAUAUCGACUUGGUCAGGACAGCCCUUGCGGGCUCCUUGGUCGCCGUAUGCUGGACGAUGAUGCACACGAGCUGCGAUGGAGAAACAUCUUGACUCUCGACGAAAAUACAUGGCUCGCUGGUCACGAGAUCCUUGGCGAAGUGCUCAUGCCUGGUGCAGGCUACGUUUCGAUCGCACUUGAAGCCGGUAGGCAGCUUGCAGCAGGGCGCCCGAUCUCUCUGCUCGAGGCACGAGAUGUCGAGGUCCGCCACCCAGUCGCUGUGCCUAAGCAUCCCGACUCGGUCGAAACUAUGUACAUCGCUCGUGUGCAACCUUCGCAGGACCGUAACAUCAUCGAGGCUGAAUUCGAUUUCUGUUAUUGGCCCAGCUCUGGCACAGCAGCAGUGCGGGCUUGCAGUGGCCGUAUUGUGGUUUACCUUGGCGAUGGCAAGGAGGAAUCUUUGCCACCUCGACGUGCCUCGCCAACAAAUCUCUUGAAUGUAUCGGUAGCCGAUGCUUAUGACGUAUUCAAGUCGAUCGGCCUCAAUUAUCAGGACAUUUUCAGAGGCAUGAGUAGUAUCCAUCGCGCGUCUAAUCAUGCCGUUACCCAGGCCGUCUGGGAUACGUCCAACCUCGAUCGAGUGUACCUCGUCCAUCCUGCCAUUUUGGACGUUGUGUUCCAAUCAAUUUUCCUGGCCAAGUCGUAUCCGGCCAAAUCGCUGAUGCAUUCAGCUUUCCUACCGGUCAGAAUCGCGCGGGUCACUGUUAAUCCAUGUGUACCGGUCACGAACACGACUGGAUCGAUAGAGAUCGGCACGGAGUCGUUUGUCACACACAGCGAUUAUCGCUCCAUUGAGGGAGACAUGCACGUGUACAAUCGCGCAAACAAACCAUUCUUGGAGGUAGAAGGCCUCUCUCUGAAGAUUGCCAGCGAACUCCAGGAGUCCGAAGAUGUCCAAAUCUUCUGUCAAACGACCUGGGGACCGGACAUAUCGCUCGAUCUGUCAGAGCCGGAAAGAAACGACGAUCACGACAGUGAACAGAGUGCAAUUGCCACCACAAUUGACCGCAUAUGCCUCUUCUAUCUGAGGAACUGUCUAGACCAACUCAAUGCUGUAACUCGCGAACACUGUCAAUUGCAUCAUCAACGCAUGAUCAAAUCUUUCGAGCGUAUUCUAGACCUUGUACGAGGGGGACAGCAUGCUUUGAUUGACAAGGAAUGGCUCGAAGAUGAUUUUGAGGUCGUCCAGUCGCUACUUCAAAAAUAUCCUGAUCAAAUUGACUUGGAGUUGGUGGUUGCAAUUGGAAAUACCUUGCCUAAGGUCGUGAAAGGUGAGACACAACUCUUGGAGGUCAUGCUUGAGAACAACAUGCUUGGCCGGUACUAUGUCGAAGGGUGUGGCUUCGUCACGAUCAAUCGAGAGAUUGAGCGUUUGUUGCAGAAAAUCACGUUUAAGUUCCCUCGUGCGAAGAUACUCGAAGUCGGAGCGGGUACAGGAGGCACCACACAAGGCAUCUUGGAAGCAAUCGGCAGCGCCUACGACUCGUACACAUUUACCGACAUCUCUACCGGAUUUUUUGAAAAAGCGAAUGAGCGGCUAAAAGCGUCUGACAAGCCUAUAAUAUUCAAAGCGCUCGAUAUCGAGAAGCCCGUUGUGGACCAGGGCUUCACAGAAGCUGGAUACGAUGUGAUCAUCGCCGUCAACGUGCUUCACGCCACCCGCGAUCUGAAAAACACUCUUAAUCACGUACGAUCGCUGCUCAAGCCUGGCGGUUACCUCAUUCUUGGUGAGAUCACCAACACCGAUGUUUUACGGCAUCCUUUCAUUAUGGGUGGCCUUCCGGGUUGGUGGCUUGGUGAUGACGAAGGACGACGCUUCCAUCCGUGUGUCUCAGCAUUGGAGUGGGAUCAAUUGCUCCUGGACACUGGAUUUUCAGGCUUAGACUUGACGUUCGACGAUCUGGAAGACAGUGGGAGACAUUGCAAUUCAUUACUUGUCAGCCGCGCGUUGGAUCACACCUUCGAGCAGAUUCGGGAACCUCUGACUGCUCUCAAACAGCUAGAUGCGGACAGUCGGUUGCUGUUGAUCGGUGGCGCGACUUUGCCAAUCGCCAAAGCCCGGACGGAGAUACAGAAGCUCUUGCCUCCAAGUUGGAGAGCUCGGACACGAGUUGUGAGUUCGAUUGACGCAAUUGAGGGCUGUCACCUGACACCUGGCAUGGGCGUGAUUUGUUUGCAAGAGUUAGACAGCCCGUUGUUCUCCAAGACAAUGGACGAACAUCGCUGGAAGAAUUUGCAAUUUGUUAUGGCGAACGCCAGUCGAGUACUUUGGGUUGUAAAGAACCAUCGCUCUGCUAGCCCCGAGUCUGCAAUGUUCAUGGGCAUUGCUCGUACCCUUUCUCAAGAGCUGCCUCAUCUCACGUUGCAAGUAUUGGAUCUGGAAUCAAAAGAGAGCCCCGCCACGACAGCACGAACAGUUCUAGAAUCAUUCGUACGCCUUACUCUGACAUCAAACCCGCCAGCACACAACGAUAACGCAUUUCUAUGGAUCAAUGAGCCGGAGAUUGUGUCUGUGGAUGGACAACUCCUGGUCCCUCGCAUCUUGCCCAUAAAAUCUUUGGACGAUCGUUACAAUGCGUCCAGGAGAGAGCUCAAAAGACCCGCAAUGUUGGCUGACCAAGUUGUUGAAAUCAAACCGUCCACAAGCGGUCUGGCUUUGGUUGAGGUGCAAGAACCCGGAUUUUAUUCCGAGAAUGACCUUGUCAAAGUGCGAGUCAAGUACUCGAUGCGUAUCAACGAAUCCGCUGCACCCAACUACUACUUGUCCGCGGGAACUAUCGAGUCCUCUGGUGAGUCCGUCAUGUGCCUGUCCUUGCUGAAUCGUUCACACCUCCAGGUCUCAAGAAGUCAACUUCACUUCGUUGAUGACGAUCAGACAAUUACGACCAAGGCAAUCCUGGUGCUGGUAAAAAAGUUCUUGAUAGCGCUUGCACUGGCAAGCGUCGUCCAAAGUCAUCAGACCGCGAUGGUUCACAAUGCAGACGAUCUUCUGGCUCGAGCAAUUUCACAAACGAUCGAAGGUCGUUUGCAUUUCUCAGCGUCGAAUGCUGUCGUGCGUCAAGACUGGAUCGUCAUCCACCCACGAUCGUCCGCUCGUAUAGUAAGACGCGAUCUACCUCUUGACAUCGCCGUGCUCCUGGACUGUUCCGAGCAGUCUCAAAGCAAUGAAGUUCUGGUCCAGUGCGUUCCAGCUACCUGUCGAAUAUCUGGUCCUGAUAGCUCCUUAAUCAGGAAUGCCAUUGAUCAACUCGGUACGGCUCCAUUGCUCACGAAAGCAAAUGGCCUGGUUCAAGAAUUCAUUCGCCAGAAUGACAUCUCAGAACUGCAAGGCUUGAAUCCCGAUGUACAAGGGAUCGCGAACAUCAGCAAGAGCAAUGUGAAAAGUCUCGGGCUGGUGGACUGGGAGGCAACAGCUCCUGUUGCACUCACCGUGCAACCUAUAGAGCCACGCCACAUGCUCAGGCCCGAUCGGACCUACCUCAUGAUUGGAAUGACGGGCGCUAUGGGGCUAUCUCUCUGCCAGUGGGCAGUACAGAACGGAGCUAGAUCAAUUGUUCUCACAAGCAGAAAUCCUAGCGUGGACGAAGAUUGGCUCAUCGAGGCGCGCUCACUUGGGGCAGACGUACAGGUGUGGCCGAUGAACAUCGCCAGUAGAGCUGCAGUUGGGUCUGUCAUCUCCCGAAUCAACAGUACAAUGCCUCAGCUUGCAGGGGUUUGUAACGGCGCCAUGGUUCUCAAUGACAAACUUUUCCUGGACAUGGAUGCGCAAGGAAUGAAUGCGGCCCUCGAGCCCAAAUUUCGCGGGUCUCAAAUCAUUGAUGAGGUCUUAGGAGACCAGGACCUGGACUUCUUCAUUCUCUUGUCGUCCUGUGCGAUGCUCAUCGGAAAUCCCGGCCAAGCUAAUUACCACGCCGCCAAUUUGUACAUGGCCAGCCUUGCUGCCAAUAGACGGACCCGCGGGUUAGCUGCCUCCAUCAUCCAUCUUGGUUAUAUCGCCGAUGUGGGGUAUGUCACUCGACAAGAUCAGAGCAUGCGAGAGCGACUCGAGAAACUUCUGUUCCGCCCGCUCUGUGAGUCUGACAUUCACAACGCAUUUGCGGAAGCAAUCAGAGCUAGCAGGCCCAACGGUCGUGAUGAUCCUUUCGAUUUCGCAAUGGGUAUGGGCCCUUCUAGGGAAUAUGUCCCUCCGAACAAGCAACCGUACUAUUUUGCAAACCCUCGGUUCGCCCACUUCAACCCUCCUGCAGUGGAGGUCCAAGACGGAGUCGGGCAGAAGACAACGGUGAAGAAUGUCAUACAUCUGGUUCAAGAGGCGACAUCCAAGGAAGAAGCAUCCUUGGCGGUCCAGGUGGCGUUUUCCAACAAACUGGAGUCGAUCAUGCAGCUUCCGCCUGGAACCGUUGAUCCCAAGUCGUCAUUGAUGGACGCAGGCAUUGAUUCACUCGUUGCAGUUGAGAUACGCAACUGGUUCAAGAUCGAACUCGAGGUCCAAAUCCCCGUCGUCAAAAUCUUGGGUGGUAUCAGCAUUGAAGAGCUUUGCGUUGAAGCCGCGAACAAAAUGCUGGCAAUCAUUCUUGCCAAUAAGCAGUCGACUCCGACAAAUGAUGAGGGACAGACCUCAGAGUCGGCGGUGGUCGUAGAUGAGCACGACGAUUCCAUUUCAACUGGCUCUAAGAGCGGUGUCGAUGACAAUGAACAGGAUGGCUCAAUUGGAAGUAGCCGCGAUAAUCUAGAUGUUCUCACGCCUGCCACUGGCAGCGACAUUGACAAUCUGAGCAUCACUCGCGAAGGUCCCAUCUCGUCAGCUCAGUCGAGAGUGUGGUUCCUUUCUGCCAACUCCGGCCACCCAACGAAUUGCAACCUUACCUUCGUGUACAAUGUCACGGGUCACCUGCAAAUCCAUCGCCUUCGACAUGCGCUGAAUGUGGUGAUGACGGGCCAUGAUACAUUGCACAGCUGUUUCUACAUGCGGCCAGGUGACAAUCAACUUGUACAAGGAGUGAUGUCUGAACCUAGACAUCUCUUUGUACAAUUGGAGAAAGGGAACGCAACUGAUGCCCUCCGAGAAUUUAACAAGCUCAAGGCAAAGAAAUGGAAUUUGGAGAAGGGCCAGAUGUUGGGGAUGACUGUGAUUCCGCGUGGUCAGCAGCAACACACCAUCAUUUUGGGAUAUCACCACAUCAUCAUGGACGCUUUCAGUCUCUCCAUUUUUUUCCGGGAUCUACACACAGCAUAUCGGACUGGUACAUUACAACGGAGGUCUAUCGACUACAUGGACUUGGUGGCCCAAGAACUAAUGCUUUCGGAGGACCAAUUUGAGGACCUCGACACUACAGCAAAACUUCAGUUCUGGAAGAACGAAUUCACCGAACCAGUUGAUAUCCUCCCACUCAUGCCAAUGGCUCGACUUGCCAAACGUCCAGCAAGUCUAGGUCAUUUUACAUCCUACAAAUCUACGCGCGUAGAACAGACUCAAUGGUCUGCCAUUGUUAAGACCUGCCGUGAAUUAGGCCUGACUCCGUUUCACUUCACGCUUGCGACGUUUCAGGUUCUACUCGCGCGAUACGCGAAUAUCGAAGACACCUGCAUCGGUGUCGCAGAUGCCAACCGUCUCAACGAGCGCUACACUGAUAUAAUCGGAUUUUUCACGAACAUAUUGCCGAUCCGGUGCAAGCUCUCGAAGAGAACCAAAUUCGCAGAUCUCGCCCGUACUGCUUCCAAAAAAGUGCUGACAGGACUCGUCAAUUCAGGAGUAUCGCUCGACACGAUUCUAGAGCUCUCGAAUGCACCCAGGUCCCCGAGCUACACGCCGCUCUUCCAAGCUGCCAUCAAUUACCGGAUGGGUGCAAUCAGCGACAUAUCGCUGGGCGACUGUGAGCUGACCAUGGUCGACGGCCAGGACGCCGAAAAUCCGUUCGACAUUAGUCUGGGUGUGUUGGAAUCCAAAAAUGGAUCCGCUCUAAUCGAGGUCAUUUGCAAUAGUGAUCUGUAUGACUCAGACGGCUGUGGAAUCCUCUUGGAUUCUUUCUUGCGUCUACUUCACGACUUUGCAGCUCAUCCUGAAAUGCUUGCCAACGAUGGUCAACUCCAUGACCCAGCUGCAUGGCAGAAAGCGCUGAUAUUAGGCGGAGGUCCCCGCAUUGAUUACAGUGCUACAUGGCCUGCUACUUUGUCUGAGCGAUUCGUCACCAUUGCGAGGUCCCACGGAGAAAGCUUGGCCAUCACUUGUGGAGGAAAUGAUAUAAUUUACAGUGAGCUACAGACACAGGUUCUCUCCAUUGCUCAAACCCUCCUUGAAGCCGGUUGUGGUGAUGGCUCAUGUGUAGGCGUGCUAUGUGAGCCUUCGCCCGACUUCAUCGCAGCUAUGUUGGCCAUUCUGCAUAUUGGAGGGAUCUACUGCCCACUGGAUGUGAGCCUUCCUCACGAGCGGCACCGAGCUAUACUUCGGUCGUCUCGCUUCAUUGCUCUCAUCCACCACUCUGCCACUUCUGAUCGUGCUCUGGCUUUGAUCUCAUCAAUGGCCAGCGAGGAUCACCGAAUGAAUGUCAUUGCAUUGGAUGGCGAGGCUCAACGAGAAGCAUCUGAUGUUCCCAUCCAAACCCCGACAGACUCCGCUUCUGUACUACUUUUCACGAGUGGCUCGACUGGAAACCCGAAGGGCAUUUUCUUGACCCAGAGCAACUUCAUCAAUCAUAUCUCUCUCAAGACCCAAGUACUCGGGCUGCAGAGAGAGACCACCCUGCAACAGAGCUCUAUGGGAUUUGAUAUGUCCAUCAUCCAGAUCCUUAGUGCUCUGUUGAAUGGUGGUCGAGUGCUCAUUGUGCCGUCUGAAUCCCGAAGAGACCCGGUUGAAAUUGCUCGUUUGGUGUCGCAGGGAGCUGUCACCCUGACCAUUGCGACUCCAUCGGAAUAUAAGAUGUGGCUUCGGUAUGGUAGUGACGAGCAUCUCAGAAACAAGGCAACGGCUUGGCGUCACGCCUGCCUUGGUGGUGAGCCCGUCACUGAACAGCUUUGUCGCGACUUUGCGCUGCUCGACCUCCCGCACCUUAGACUAACAAAUUGUUAUGGUCCGACCGAGAUCACAGCUGCAGCCACCUUCCAAUCGAUGCAUAUCAGCAUGACCGGUGAGAAAGAUCAUCGAUCAAUGAUGAAUGUUGGUAAGGCGUUGCCAAACUACUCAGUUCAUAUCAUUGACAAUAAGGGUCAUUUCCUGCCCAUCGGUAUGCAAGGCGAGAUCUGCAUUGGCGGCGCUGGUGUCGCUCUGGGAUAUUGCGGUCUCCCAGAGCAGACGGCAGCGAAAUUUAUCGUGGAUCCGACGACAUCUACAGAGUGGCCCUUCAAGCGCUUGUACCGCACAGGAGACCAAGGACGUCUGCUGAAAGACGGAUCUUUGCUCUUCAUGGGCCGCCUGGACGGCAACACUCAGAUCAAGUUGAAUGGCGUCCGCAUUGAGUUGGAGGAGGUCGAAGGCGCAAUCUUAGCUGGCUCUGGCGGCAAACUGUCGACAGUAGUUGCAGCGGCGCACAAAGACCGUCUGCUUGCGUACGCGACAUUAACAACAGGAAUAUCUUUGACAGAGACAGAAACAAAGCAGCUACUGAUCUACGCAUCUCUUCCCUUACCGACCACCAUGCAACCCUCCAAGCUGAUCAUCAUGGACACACUGCCGCUUACGUCCGCUGGGAAGAUCAAUCGGGAGGCAAUUCAGCAUCUCGCCACGUCGGGUCAACCGAACCGACCUAUUUCCAGCAAUGGAACAAUAAACAAACUGACAUUACGUCAGGGAGAACUCCGGCUACUCUGGGAAAAGGUUCUCGGUGGCCCAGAUCGAUCAAUCGGUCCCGAAAGCGAUUUCUUCCAUGUUGGGGGAAACUCAAUGGCCCUCAUGCGCUUGCAAGGAGCCAUAAGAGAGUCGAUGAACGUUGCAGUCUCUACCAGAGAUCUCUACCAGGCAAGCACGCUUGCUGAGAUGACUGCUCGAAUCCAGGUCCAGCAGGAGCAAAGCCAAGUCGACCAGCCACAGGAUGAGAUUUCAUGGGACGCCGAGACAGAAAUUCCAGCUAUUGUUCGGGACGCUCUAAGGCAAGUUUCGACCCGUCGUAAUGAUGUUAAAAGUCCCAAGAAAUAUGAGAUUGAGAUUCUCCUCACGGGCGCCACAUCUUUCCUUGGUGGAGCCAUUCUAAGAGCUCUGGCUGAGCUCACAGGAUCGAGGAUAAGAAAGGUGCACUGCAUUGCUGUGCUCCAUGACGACAAGAAAUUGAUCCCAGCCUCCCAAUCGGUCGCAUACUAUAAUGGAAGCCUGAUGUCACGCCGUCUGGGCCUUACAGUCCCCGAAUAUGAACAUCUACAAUCGAACGUGGAUUUGAUAAUUCAUGCGGGCUCAAAUGGUCACUGCCUAAACAACUUUCAUUCCCUUCGGACGGCCAAUUUGAACUCCACGCACGAGCUGAUCGCCAUGGCUCUACCUCGAUCCACCCCUCUGCUCUACCUCUCCUCCAAUCGCGUCACCCUUCUCUCCGGUAGCACUGCAUACCCUCCGGCAUCUAUUUCGCGUUCUCCACCUCCAAAAGACGGAAGUGAAGGCUACACGGCAUCCAAAUGGGCCAGCGAAGUGUUCCUAGAGAACCUUAAAGCCGACAAAUUAUGUCCACAACUCCCAAUCCAAAUCAGUCGACCCUGCGUGGUCGUCGGCGCGGAAGCCCCUAACUCAGACGCCCUAAACGCCAUCCUCCGUUACUCGCGCCUGAUGCAGACAGUCCCCGUCUUCGACCGAGUUGAGGGAUACUUUGAUUUCAAAGACGUGCAAGAGGUCGCGCAGGAGGUAGUGAGCGACGCUCUGGCUCUGCUUGACUUGUCGACAGAUUCGUCGGCGAUUCGAUUCCGUCAUCACUCCGGCGGUGUCCGCACUUCUCUGGGAGAGUUUCGCCAGCGAAUGGAACAGAUCUAUGAAGUUUCCUUUGAUGAAUGCUCACUCCAGGACUGGAUCGAUCGAGCUUUGCAGGCCGGUAUUGAUCCCCUGAUCACGGCCUACUUAGAGGGAAUGGUGGAACGGCGCGAGGUUUUGCGUUUUCCAUUCAUGGGCGAGGAGGUUUCACAAGGGGAGGUCUCAACUGGGAACGGGAAUGAAGCAUAG